UGCAUCACUGUAUAUAACAUUCAGAAGCAAUCAAUGAUAAAACUUUUUUCGUUCUUCAAGGCAGUGUGACUUUAAGAGGUCAUGCAUCACUUGUGCACCAAUGCAAAACCUCCAGGAAUUUCUGAUGUCUGAGCGAAAGAAAGCGUUAAUGUUCCCUCUCCUGCACAGCAACCCCCCAAAGAAAUCCUGCCUGCUCUUCCAAUUUAAGACGGGGGUGGGACCUUCAUACAGCAACGUGCUUCUAGGAUUUAAUACCUGACGAUGUCUUGACUUUUCAGUCUGUGCUUGCAAAAGAGAGGAUAGAACUUCACCUAAACAAGCUAUUUAGCAUUUUAUUAGCCCUAUUAAGCCACACUGGUGUGUCAUUUUUUCGUGUUUUUGCUAAUAGGAGGCUGGAUAUUAUUCGAGUGAAUCUACCUGAGCCAUCCCUGUGAGCGCGUGUCUGUUCUCAGGUGAGUGAAGGAGUCUGCCGCGUGCAGGUGAGAAUCUCUCGAGUCCACAGCGGGCAACCCUGGAGAAUUAAGAAGAUUUAAUUGAAAUAAGACAGCCAGGAUCGUUUGCGGUACGUUCAGGUCUUUGUCGACGAAACAUGACACGAACGCUGCUUUUGGUUGGAGUCCUAAUAGCCACAAUGGCUUCUGUCAAAGCAAGGCCUAAAUCAGUCGAACCAAGAUGUAAAUCCGGCCCGGUCGACCUCGUGUUCAUCAUCGAUGGCUCUCGCAGUGUCCGUCCCCAUGAGUUUGAAACAAUGCGCAAGUUCAUGAUAGACAUCAUCCAUGAGCUUGACGUCGGCCUGGAUGCUACGAGAGUUGGUGUGGUGCAAUACUCCAGCCAAGUCCAGAAUGUGUUUUCCCUCAAAGCCUUCAGCAAACCGGAGCAGAUGGUCAAAGCCAUCAAUGAGAUCAUUCCACUGGCCCAGGGCACCAUGACCGGCCUGGCCAUCCGUUAUGCCAUGAACGUAGCGUUCUCCGCUGUUGAAGGUGCUCGUCCCAAAGUACCCCAUGUAGCUGUCAUAGUGACGGACGGUCGCCCUCAGGACAGAGUGGCCGAGGUUGCGGCUGCUGCGAGAGAGUCUGGGAUCGAGAUCUAUGCCGUCGGUGUCGCCAGGGCCGAUAUGACAUCACUCAGAGCGAUGGCCUCCCCACCGUUUGAAGAUCAUGUGUUCCUCGUGGAGAGUUUUGACCUGAUUCAUCAGUUUGGGCUGCAGUUCCAAGACAAACUUUGUGGGAUGAACUUGUGUCUUGAGUCGGAUCAUGGCUGUGAGCAAAUCUGCGAGAGCUCUCCUGGCUCCUACCAAUGUCUGUGUCUGCCUGGGUACACACUGAACAAGGAUGGCAAGACCUGCACAGCCAUCGAUCUAUGUGCAGAACAGAAACAUGACUGUGAACAGAUAUGCAUUGCAUCACCUGGAUCCUUCACGUGCGACUGCAACACGGGAUACACGCUGAACGACGACAAAAAAACCUGCACAAUGAUUGAUUAUUGUUCAUUUGGGAACGACAGCUGUGAGCAUCAGUGUGUCAGUGUGCUCAAUGGAUUUAACUGUCGUUGUAAUGAUGGAUACUCACUCAAUGAUGACCUGAAGACCUGCACAAUGAUCGAUUACUGUUCAUUUGGGAAUGACAGCUGCGAGCACGAGUGUGUCAGUGUACUUCAAAGCUUUUACUGCCUCUGUCGUGACGGAUACACGCUCAAUGAGGAUGAAACAACAUGCACAAUGAUCGAUUAUUGUUCAUUUGGGAAUGACAGCUGUGAGCAUCAGUGUGUCAGUGUGCUCAAUGGUUUUAACUGCCAGUGUAAUAAUGGAUACUCGCUCAAUGAUGACAAAAAGACCUGCACAAUGAUCGAUUACUGUUCAUUUGGGAAUGACAGCUGUGAGCAUCAGUGUGUCGGUGUACUCAAUGGAUUUUACUGCCAGUGUAAUGAUGGAUACUCGCUCAAUGAUGACAAGAAGACCUGCACAAUGAUCGAUUAUUGUUCAUUUGGGAAUGACAGCUGUGAGCAUCAGUGUGUCAGUGUGCUCAAUGGUUUUUACUGCCAAUGUAAUGAUGGAUACUCACUCAAUGAUGACAAGAAGACCUGCACAAUGAUCGAUUAUUGUUCAUUUGGGAAUGACAGCUGUGAGCAUCAGUGUGUCAGUGUUCUUAAUGGCUUUUACUGCCAGUGUAAUGAUGGAUACUCGCUCAAUGAUGACAAGAAGACCUGCACAAUGAUCGAUUAUUGUUCAUUUGGGAAUGACAGCUGUGAGCAUCAGUGUGUCGGUGUGCUCAAUGGUUUUUACUGCCAGUGUAAUGAUGGAUACUCACUCAAUGAUGACAAGAAGACCUGCACAAUGAUCGAUUAUUGUUCAUUUGGGAAUGACAGCUGUGAGCAUCAGUGUGUCAGUGUGCUCAAUGGAUUUUACUGCCAAUGUAAUAAUGGAUACUCGCUCAAUGAUGACAAGAAGACCUGCACAAUGAUCGAUUAUUGUUCAUUUGGGAAUGACAGCUGUGAGCAUCAGUGUGUCGGUGUGCUCAAUGGCUUUUACUGCCAGUGUAAUGAUGGAUACUUGCUCAAUGAUGACAAGAAGACCUGCACAAUGAUCGAUUACUGUUCAUUUGGGAAUGACAGCUGUGAGCAUCAGUGUGUCGGUGUGCUCAAUGGUUUUUACUGCCAGUGUAAUGAUGGAUACUCGCUCAAUGAUGACAAGAAGACCUGCACAAUGAUCGAUUAUUGUUCAUUUGGGAAUGACAGCUGUGAGCAUCAGUGUGUCGGUGUGCUCAAUGGUUUUUACUGCCAAUGUAAUGAUGGAUACUCACUCAAUGAUGACAAGAAGACCUGCUCAAUGAUAGACUAUUGCUCCUUUGGCAAUCACAGUUGUGAUCAUAAGUGUGUUGGUGUGCUCAAUGGUUUCUACUGUGUCUGCAAUGAAGGAUACUCUCUACAAGAGGACAGAAAGACCUGCAAGUCGGAUAACUUAUGCAACACGGUUGAACAUGGUUGUGAGCACCAAUGUGUGAGCACUCCGGGAUCGUACUACUGCAUAUGUCCCGAGGGUCAUCUGCUCCAGGACGACGGCAAGACUUGCACAACAUGCCGAUCUUCCAUCAUCGACUUGGUCCUCCUCAUCGACGGCUCCAAAAGCGUGCGGCCAAAUAAUUUUGAACUCGUCAAGCAGUUUGUGAACCAGGUGGUGGAUCAGCUGGACGUGUCAUCUAAAGGCACACGCGUGGGUCUCGUCCAGUAUUCCAGCCGAGUUCGGACAGAGUUUCCCCUCAGCAUGUACCAGACGAAGGAUGAGAUCAAAAAGGCCGUGAUGAGCGUGGAAUACAUGGAGAAGGGAACCAUGACAGGCAUGGCUCUCAAACACAUGGUGGAAAACAGCUUCUCCGAGCCUGAGGGAGCCCGUCCAGCCCAGAAGAACAUCCCAAGGGUCGGUCUGGUCUUUACUGAUGGUCGCUCACAGGAUGACAUUACAGAGUGGGCAAAGAAAGCAAAGGAUGCAGGAAUCACAAUGUACGCCGUCGGUGUGGGCAAAGCCGUAGAGGAUGAAUUACGAGUGAUUGCUUCAGAUCCGGUGGAAAAACACUUCUUUUACUCGGCCGACUUCACUGCCAUCACUCAAAUUGCUGAGAAUCUUAACUUCAACGUCUGCGCCGCUGAGAGUCAAGGGGAGAUUGAGGUGAAAGAGCCCUGCGCUUGUGAAAAUCUUGUAGAGUUCCAGCAGGCCACCAUGACCGCUUUGGGCCAACUCAACCAGAAAAUGUCAGCUAUGACCAAACGAUUGGAGGUUCUGGAGAAUCAGCUGCUCACGAGAAAAUGAAUCAGCACUUCACAUAGACCGGCGAGGUCGAAGGGUCCUGUUGGGUAUGAAGGGUCCCACAAUCAAACCAAAGUUCCUGUGCCAUUUUUGACAUUGUUCCCUAUUUAUACAUGACCUGUGGUAUGGUUUAUAGAGAGGUUUGUAUUUGGUGAAAUUUAUAUUAGCAUUUAUACGCUAAAAAGGGAAGUGUUGUACCACUUUUAAAUAUCAUCAUCUCCAGACCAUUUAUAGCAGUUUUUGGUUUUGCAGUGGUACAAGAUUUGUGCACAAUGUAAAUAUGUGGAUCUGUAAAACUGGAGCAUGAAACAGUAUAUUGUUACUGUUAUUAAAUAACAUUUCUAUUAAAUAAGUACAAAUAUUAUGUUACAAACUAAUACAUUUCUCAUUUUACCAUUGUGUUAUAAUUUGAUAGCAUAAAAUACUGAAACGGACACAGUGAAAUGAUCCGCUUUGGCAAACAGCAGAUAUAAACAAAGUCGAUGUCAUGGCUGAAUAUUAGAAAAGUCACGUGUCUGAUAUUUGUUGAAUGUUAGAUUUGACUGCAAAACAGACUUUUGUAAUUCUGUCUGUAUGGUUUGUUAACUUUAAAAUUGAGAUAAAAACAGGGUGAUAGCGUACAGAAAUGCCCGUUAAGAUUGCAGUUUUUUAUGUAUUAUCGAAGUGUAACGUACAUACACAGAAUCCGGUUACCUCAGAAUUCUGUGGCCUCAGGUUUUUUAUGUUUUUAUAAGCGUCUGCAGAAAAAGUCCCAUUAUAAAGCUCUCAUAUGUGAAUUAUUGUACUUUUGAAUAUUUCCUAAUAAACACUCUUUUAAAAUAA